CAAUUUUCAUCAAUCCGAAAAUACCACCUCAAUAAGACAUGAUCCAACCGAAGUGACAACUGUAUACAACUACGAAGACUUAUUUCAUGGCAAUUGGCACAUUGUCAAGAUGUACAAUGCUACAAAAAUUACUUUCAAUACUUCCUAAAGGCGUUGGCCUUGAAAAUGCUAAUGUUGUUAAUUCAAGCUCAAUCAUCAAACGCAGCAUUUGCAGCACAGCGACAUUAUGGAAGAAGAAGAUGCCAGACCGUCCAGCACCGAUAGAUGAAGCCGAAUUUACAGAGGUAUUCUUGCAUGGCAGCGGGCCUGGAGGUCAGAAAAUCGUAGGUCGUCCCUCUAUCGAGUCGAAACCUUACCUGAAAUCCACAACUCAUCAUUUCACAGAAUAAAACUUCCUCCGCAGUUCAGUUAAAACAUAUUCCAACAGGUAUGGUCCUCAAAGUUCAAGCCACCCGCUCUCGUACACAGAAUCGCAAAAUUGCCCGGCAAAUGCUGGCGGAAAGGAUUGAGCUAUUAGAGAAAGGGAAGGAGAGUAGGGUCGCGAUUGUGGGGGAGACGAAAAGGAAAAAGAAGAGCAGUGCAGCGAAAAAGAGUAAGAGAAAAUAUCGACUUCUGGCGGAAGAGAAAGCAGCGAAAUCAGAGGACGACAAGGUAGAGGAACAAGAGGAGCUUGACGAGGAUGACGGGGAGAUUUUUGAAGACAAGGAAACUUUGACGCAAGAGUCAUCAAAGGAAGGGGCGUGACCUCUCAUAUUAAGAAUAUCUCUUCGGAUUUACCGCGUCAUGAUUCAACUAGAGUUCUUAAAUGUCUUUCUAGAGCCAUGCUGCCAUCGAUCAUGGCCGUGUAUAUCCGCAUAUUUUGCUGCUAUAUCCGCCCACCUUUCCACUAUAUACUUGGAAGUUAAGCAUAUAUAGCUCCAUCAACUACUGCUUCACAUUCAACACUCAACAUUCACAUGAUGACAAGCUCAAAACUUUACGAAAUAAACUCCUCCACUCGACUCAAUGUCCUCUCUUCAGGCGUACCCAACUCCUCACCAGCCCUAAUUUUUCUACAUCUCUGGGUUGGUUCUUCCAGCACCUAUUCCCCUCUUAUGAAUCUUCUCUCCGCCAACUAUUAUUGCUUAGCUAUUGAUUUCCGAGGCUGGGGCUCCUCCACAGGCACACAAGAUCCAGAUGCGUAUCAUAUCCGGGACCUUUCCAAAGACAUUUUUACUCUUAUUCCCCAGCUCUUACCCCCAGAUCAUUCUUUCAUUCUAAUCAGCCAUUCAAUGGGCAGAAAAGUUGCUAUGCAUCUCUCUUUUACAAUUGAAACGCUUCCUCCUAUAAAGUCUUUUCCUAAGCUCCGAGGCCUCGCACUUCUUGCGCCUGCUCCUCCUACGUCCUUGGUUCUUCUCGAGGAAAUGGCAAAGCAGCAACUGACUGCUUUCGAUACUAUUGAAGCUGCUACUUUUACUAUUAUUCGCAUCCUGUCCGCUACGCCUCUCCCUGACCAUGUGGCCGGUAGUCUAGUGACUAAUGCGGUAACUGGCAAUCAGUGUGCGAAAGCAGCGUGGCCUGAAUAUGGAAUGAAGGAGGAUAUAUUGGAAGAGUCAAGGAAGAUCACUUUGCGGACGUUGGUACUUGCUGGUGGGGAAGAUAAGGUUGAAACGUUAGAGAGAGUGAAAGAAACACUGGACAAUCUAAGCGGGGUAGUGGAGAAGAGAAAGAUAUUGAUAGUCCUGGAUGGGGGUGGGACAUCUGAUGAUGUUGGAGGCUCCGAACGAGGUGAGUCGUGAGAUUGUGGGGUUUGUUGGAAGCGUUGUGCGUGAGAUGGUCCAGCCCAAGGAUUAAACUCAGGCUCGUGGUUCAACGAGUGGCAUAUAUUGUCAUUGAUAUCGAAGGUAGUGAUUAAAGGUUAGAAACGAGUUGUCACGAAUUUUUAUGGUUGGUGAGAAUCCGCAUUGUGGGAUCGAAUACGAGUUGUGUCGUUAAUGCGUAAUGCCAUUAAUGGUGUUA